AUGACUAACCUGAGACAGGACUUCUCGGGCGGCUCUUUUUCCGAGAGCUUGAAAGACUCGAACUGUGUGAAUAACUACAAUGAGGCCAAGAUCAAGGUUGUUGGGGUUGGAGGGGGUGGAUCGAAUGCAGUCAACCGCAUGAUAGAGAGUGCCAUGAAAGGGGUCGAGUUUUGGAUCUUGAACACGGAUGUUCAGGCUAUGAAAAUGCCGCCUGUCUUCCCGGAACACAGGUGGUUGCAGAUUGGAGAAGAGCUGACGAGAGGGCUUGGGGCUGGUGGAAACCCGGAUAUUGGGAUGAAAGCGGCUAAAGAGACCAAGAAGGCAAUAGGAGAUGCGGUUUUGGGGGCAGAUAUGGUCUUUGUGACUGCUGGAAUGGGUGGGGGAACGAGCACCAGUGCAGCUGCUGUAAUAGCUGGAGUUGCAAAGUCGAUGGGUAUUUUAACUGUUGGUAUAGUUACCACCACUCCAUUCUCAUUUGAUGAAAGAAGAAGAGCCGUUCAAGCCAAAGAAGGAAUCGCAGCUUUGAGAGAAAAUGUCGACACGUUAAUCGUCAGUCCAAAUGACAAAUUGCUGACUGCAGUUUCUCCUUCUACUCCAGUGACAGAAGCAUUUAAUCUUGCUGAUGAUAUUCUUCGGCAAGGAGUUCAUGGUACUUCGGACAUAAUCACGAUCCCGGGACUAGUAAAUGUGGAUUUUGCUGAUGUAAGAGCAAUUAUGGCUAAUGCCGGUUCCUCGUUAAUGCGAAUUGGAACUGCUACAGGAAAAACCAGAUCUCGAGAUGCAGCAUUAAAAGCCAUUCAGUCUCCUUUACUGGAUAUUGGUAUAGAGAGAGCCACUGGAACUGUAUGGAAUAUAACUGGUGGCAGUGAUCUAACAUUGUUUGAGGUUAAUGCUGCAGCAGAGGUCAUAUAUGACCUAGUGCCAGUGGACCCAACCGCUAACUUAAUUUUCGUGCUGAAAUAG